UCACUAAAAAGAAUACUCAGUAUGGCUUUCAGUCUGGAUGGUGAAUCUUUUAUGGACCUGUUUAAUGACAGCAGCUUUGGUAAUUCCACGGAUUACACAGGUCUUGCUGACUUUGCUCCUUGCAAGAAGGCAUGGAGUCUGGAUAAAUAUUUUGCUGUUGUGAUUUAUUCCACAGUAUGCAUCCUUAGUGUCAUUGGAAACUCCUUGGUAUUAGUUGUUAUCUGCUACAACAACGUUCACAAGUCUACCACGGAUCUUUAUCUCCUCAAUCUGGCAAUUGCGGAUCUUCUGUUUGCCAUCACACUUCCAUUUUGGGCUGUCUACAAUGUAGAUCAGUGGAUAUUUGGGCAUUUCAUGUGUAAGAUCAUUUCUGUCUUACAGGAAGUCAAUUUCUACAGUGGAAUCCUCUUGCUGGCCUGCAUCAGUGUUGAUCGAUAUUUUGCCAUUGUUCAGGCAACUAAAUCUCAGAAACAACAGUGGGUCAAGUAUAUCUGCUUGAUUGUAUGGAGCAUGGCAGUUUUAUUGUCAUUGCCCAUUCUCCUGUACCGGUCAGUUUUCAAGUACAAUCAUGAAGACCGCCUUAUGUGCUAUGAGGACAUUGGGGCAAAGUCUACUGAUAUAGGGAGAAUAAUAAUUCGAUUUUCUCGUCACAUCAUUGGAUUCUUCAUUCCUCUGGGGGUCAUGCUGUUUUGUUACACUCGUACCUUAAUCACUCUCAUUCAGGUUCAAGGAACUCAAAAGCACAAAGCCAUGAGGGUUGUUUUUGCAGUGGUGCUGGCUUUUCUGAUCUGCUGGUUACCAUAUAAUAUCACUGUCUUUGCUGACACCUUAAUGAGAACUGACGCUGUUAAUGAGACCUGUGACAUGAGAAUUCAAAUUGACACUGCACUGCCUAUUACUCAACUACUUGGCUUUACACACAGUUGCAUAAACCCCAUCUUGUAUGCUUUUAUAGGGCAAAAAUUUAGACGCAACUUUUUGAAAAUACUGCUUACCCAUGGUAUUAUAAACAGAGAUUUUGUUACUAAAUAUGGGAGAAGUCUAUCAUAUACUUCAACAUCUGGAAAUUCUGCAGCGCUCUGAAAAGCAAAUCACCUCCUUUGUCUACUGGCAGACACAGUUUGUGGCAUAUGUAUGGAAAGGGAAACUGCUCAUACUUAUCUGUGGCAUUACAAGCAGAGAUUUUGUGACUAAAUAAGGCAGAAGCAUAUUACAUACUUCAGCAUCUGGAAAUUAUUCUGAAUCUCUUUAACUUCAUUUUAGUAUUAUACUGAAUUGCUCCUGGUGUUUGAAUUGCCUUUGACUGACAGUUAACAUGCAGAUCAUCACCUAUUUUGUCUACUGGCAGAUACAGUUUGUGACAUAUGUUGUAUGUAAGGGGAAACAAUCAGUAGACAUUUCAGCAUUCUUGGGGAAAAAUAUAUUUACUGCAUUUUUUACAGAAAAAACAAUAUUAACAGACUGUGGUUAUCAGCACUGAAUGUAGGUCCAUGUAUAUUAAUAACAAACAUCAGCAUUAGCAUGCUUCUUUUUUAUAUCUUGCUGUACACCUAAGACUCUAAGACUAGAAUUAAUUUGCAGUAAGUGCAAGUUAUAUUAAGAUUUAUCAUCAGCCUAAAAUAAUCACAGAUUGCACACAGUGCUGCAGUAGAUGCACAUGCAGCUGAUUUUGCAUGAUACAUAUGCAGCUUAUUUUGCAUGAUAAUAGUGUCCUGCACUUUUGGGUCUACUGGUGCUUAAAAUCUGCCCCACAAAUAUAGUUUAAAGAACAUUAAAAAUGAAGAAUAUGUGGAGCUGAAUUUCAAAUAUAUUCAUUUAAGAGUGCAUGCUUCUGUUUCCACUGUUGUGUAGGGCUGACCUUGUCAAACACUGGUUUGACACAGAGUCAUCUCAGUAGCAUGGAAUUCUGAAUGAGUUGCUUACUCAAGCAAUGCUCUCAAAUUACCGUUGAGAUUAAACAAUUGUGCCUAAUGGGCUUAUCUGGUUAACAAAUAGAUAAAAUAAAAAUAAAUCAAUAGAAAUUAGUGCAUAAACUUGAAGGAAAAACUUUGGAGAUAGAAAUGUUCAUGCACUUCAGCUGAAUCCUGAGUUUAUUUAUCAUUUGUUAACCAAAUAAGAGGGCAGAUCUGUGACCUUGUGCAUUCACGAGACAGGGUAGAAAUGUAUUAGUUUAGGCUGCCAACACAUAUGUCUUAAAUUGUUAAUAUAUUUGAAGAAAGAGCUACUUUAGAGCAAGGGAACCCACUCUGAUGAUGGAAGGUAAUUCUAUAUGUAAUACAAAUUUGAGUUGGUUUAUUAAAAGCGAAGGUAUGUGUAAAUAUGCAAAUAUAGUUAUAACUUUCAAACUUAUGUUAUUAACUUUCAGACCUUACAAAUGUCUUGAAAUGUAUAAUUAAUGCAGUUUGUGACAUAACGUGUAGAGUAUUUGUCAUAUAACAAUAUGAUAUUUUUUUCUUACUUCUGUUAUACAAAUGUCCAUGUUGUUUGUAAAUGCCUAACGAUCCUGUAUAUAAGCAUGUCCAUGUUGUUUGUAAAUGCCUAAGUACCUAGCUGAAAGGGGUCCUUGAAUCACCUCACUUGCUCUGUUCACAAAUGAAUAAAAAUAUAGUGGGUAGCACAAGUAUGACACACUGAAGUAUUUUUCAAACUAAAGCAUUUUGUAUGACUAGAAAAUGUAUCUGAACUGGAUGACAACUUUUUAAUUUAUGGAUUGUGAAGUAAUACAAAAAGAAAGGUAAAUAAUCAGUAAAAUGGUAUGCAGGAAACCUAAAAUGGCAAAUACUUUUAAAUGCAUUAAUGGACAAUGAUUUGUACGGUGGUCUUUCUUUAAGUCUAAUUUUGAAAUAACUGGCAUUGCUUCUUCUUUUUUAAUGAAUGCAUUAUGAAACUAUAUAAUGAGUAUGAAUCUGUACUGCUUGAGCAAGAAUCAGGUGUGAUACAAAAUUAUUCAUUUUAAUAAACUUUUUAUGUGUA